AUGGAGGAGGAAGACAACCUUGCUGAGACAUUAGAGGAAGUGGGAGACAUUGCAAACGAUCUAGGAGAUAUUGUGGAUGCAGCAGUAGGAGUAAAAAAGUUCUUCUCAAGUUUUCUCCCAAAAGAUCGAGAGUGCUCUGUUGAAAUCUCCAAUCAGUGCUCAAGUUAUAUUCUUCGCAACCCAAGCGUGUUUAAUGACACUGGAGUCUGUAAAACACCCUUGACCCUCUCCAUCAAACCAUCCUCAUGUGGAGAGGGGCUCUUCACAAAAUCUCCCUAUGGUCUGCGAGGGGCUGCGGGAGUCCUCACAUACAACCUGUACGAUCCGGACACAAACCAGUAUUUGGGGAAGAUGGCUGCUCUUUACAAAGUGCCUUUUGACCUCAAUCUCAAAUCUAUUGUGUUUGCCAUUGGGUUCUUCGAGAUGGACACAAAGUGUGACAAACGUCUGUUUGAGAGCAUGUUUUCAAAGACGGAGGACACGUUUGUGAGAGCCAAAGCUAAUGGCUCCAGCAUCGAGUUUGAGAGUGAACUUGUUGAUAUAAGUGCCAGCAUGUCCAACAGUGGCAAGGCUGUCCUGAAGAUUGAAGUGACUGAUAAUUACACCCUGUGUUAUCCCAGGGAGUAUAUAGAGAGCGGCAAGUGUUUAGACCCUUUACCUCCCACCAUUGACGUAUCUUCAUCUGGAAGUGGUUUAUUCAUAAAGACGGCAAACACAGCGCGAGGUGCAGUCGGAGUCUUCACCUAUGACCUGUACAACAACUCGACCAAGAAAUCCACCGGCACAAUGGCCGUCAUGUACAAAGUGCCAUUUGAUCUUAAUUUGAAAGCUGUUGCGUAUGCAGUGGGAGUUGUAGACGUCGCAGAGAAAAGGCUAAAGGGCCCGGUAUCACACACGUCAGUGACUUUGUAA